GAUGUCAACCAAAAAUGAUCCGUUAUUAUUUCGAGAAGCCGUGGAAUGGCAGCAGGACGCGUCUAAUUGUCAUGAAGUGCCAGAUACAGCUGCUGAUCGUUAUGUCAGGAUAAAUGUGGGUGGGGCAUUGUUCCAGACGACUAUUGCCACACUAACAAAACAUGAUACUAUGCUGCGAGCGAUGUUUAGUGGCCGAAUGCAGGUGGUCACUGACUCAGAUGGCUGGGUACUCAUAGACAGAAGUGGGAGACAUUUUGGUGUAAUAUUGGACUUCCUUCGAGAUGGUUUUGUACCGCUUCCUGAUUGCCGUGUAGAAGUUGAGCAGAUCCUUGCUGAGGCAAGGUAUUACCUUGUACAGGAUCUGGCAGCCGAGUGUCAAUCGUGGCUGGAAGCACUACGAGCCCGUCGUGAUGUUCGAGAACCGACAGCAACGUGCAGUAUUCCAGUGGUACAUACUAAGGCUGAAGCGGAUCGACUGGUCUUGAAUUCAGUCAAGGCAAGUUUCCAAUGAU